AUGGAGAUAGGCACGUCGUCCACGGUUGCGGGAGGAGGACAGCUUUCGGUUCCUCCAGGUUUCCGGUUUCAUCCAACGGAGGAGGAGCUUCUACAUUAUUACCUCAAGAAGAAGGUUUCUUAUGAACCAAUUGAUUUAGAUGUUAUUAGAGAAGUUGAUCUCAACAAGCUUGAACCUUGGGAACUUAAAGAGAAAUGUAGAAUUGGGUCGGGUCCUCAAAACGAAUGGUACUUUUUUAGCCACAAGGACAAGAAAUAUCCAACUGGGACCCGAACGAACCGAGCCACUGCAGCCGGGUUCUGGAAGGCUACUGGUAGAGACAAAUCCAUACAUCUAAACAGCUCCAAGAAGAUUGGACUUCGCAAGACUCUUGUCUUCUACACUGGUCGUGCUCCUCAUGGCCAUAAGACAGAAUGGAUCAUGCAUGAAUAUCGCCUAGACGAUAACGAAAAUGAAAUCCAGGAAGAUGGGUGGGUUGUAUGCAGAGUGUUCAAGAAGAAGAACCACUUCAGAGGAUUUCAUCAAGAACAAGAUCAUCAUUACAUAAGUACCAACAAUGAUCAUGAUCACCAUUAUCAUCAGCAGCAUCACACUGGAUCUAAUUCAAACAAUCACUCUUCUCUGAUCCCACAUUCUAUGGAUCAUCAUCACAUGGGACGACAGGUUCACAUGCCACUCCAUGAGUUUGCAAACACUUUAAACCACGGGUCGAUGCAUCUCCCUCAACUCUUUAGCCCUGACUCGGCCCGACCGUUUGUGUCGUCAAUCAACACAACAGACAUUGAAUGCUCACAGAACCUACUGAGGCUGACUUCUAACAACAACUAUGGUGGAGACUGGUCGUUUCUGGACAAGCUUCUUACUACGACCAACAUGAAUCAGCACCAGCAAGUGCAGAACCAUCAAGCAAAAUGUUUUGGUGGCUCGAGUAACAACGGUAAUAACGACCAGGCUGUUACUUUAUCAUCUCCAGAUAAUCAAAGGUUCCCGUUUCAGUAUCUGGGAAACGAUGCUAAUCUUCUCAAGUUCCCAAAGUAAACCAAUCAAAUUUGAUUUUGAUUUGAUCAAUCUCAUGUUUUUCAAUUUUACUCUCUUCUUUAAGCUGUAGAACUUGUCACGUUUCUGUUACUGAACGAUGUUAUUUUACAAUACUAUGUUGUUUGCUGAUAUUUAAAAAUACUUAACUAUAAUUAAGCACAAACUAGGUGUUUUGCCCGCACAUGCGGGCUUAAUCUUUU